AUGGACACGUCCCAUCCUACCGCAGGCUGGGAGCAAGUCGGCGAUAGUUUCUAUCGCAAGGUCCAGCUGUAUACCGCCGUGUUUGACCGCGAUUUGAACCUAGACAACUAUGCCGUCGCUGGAGCUCCUUAUUCUGGUGCCAUAGUCAUUGCCUAUCAAGUACGGAGAUCGACGAAGCCGAGCAUAGACAUCUACAGCUCAGCGGGGAAGCUUAUUAGGAGCAUCAGCUGGGAUAAAGUGUCUGAUGUUAGGGGGCUCGGCUGGUCAGACGACGAAAAGCUUUUGAUCGUUACGAAGGACGGCACGGUGAGGUGUUACAUGAACCUCCAGGGUGACUUCACACAGUUCUCUCUUGGUAAUGGCGUUGAACACCAUAGUGUUGAGUCAUGCAGGUUCUAUGACUUCGGCAUGGUCGCCCUGCUGUCGAAUAAUGCGUUGAUAUCCGUCACGUCCUAUGAGGAGCCUCGCCCAAAGCUCCUGGCCUCCUGCCCAGAGGGCAGAAUCCAUUCCUGGACUCUAAUUUCACCAAGCCAUACUCUAUCGAGGUCUGUCGAGGUUCUUCUGAGUAUAGGGCAGACGAUUUACGUCGUCGAUGCCAUGGACUGUGAGGAUCGCUUUCUUGAUGUUGGACCGUUUGUGCAUAUCGCCGUCUCACCAAACGGCAAGUAUGUGGCUCUCUAUACGGGCACAGGCGUUGCACAUGUCGUUACGAGCGACUUUCAGACUCGACUGAGCGAGCAUCAGUCCAAGUCCAAGAUCCCACCCAAGUAUUUGCAGUGGUGCGGGAACGAUGCUGUUGUCAUUGCCUGGGAGGACGAAAUACACGUUGUCGGUCCUGGAGGCUCCGUCGCUAGCUUCUUCUAUGAUGCACGGAUUCAUGUUGUUCAAGACAUAGAUGGCGUGCGAGUGAUAACCAACGGUACAUGCGACUUCCUACAGAAAGUACCCGAAGUGACCGAAGAUGUGUUUAGGUUCGGCACUGAAUCGCCGGCCUCAAUACUGCUGGAUGCUGUCGAACAGCUGGAGGCACAGUCACCCAAAGCAGAUGAUAACAUUCAGCUCAUUCGGCCCAACCUGACCGAGGCAGUGGACACAUGCGUCAAUGCCUCUAGCCAAGAGUUCAAUACCCAUUGGCAGAAACAGUUGCUGAAGGCUGCCUCAUUCGGUAAAUCUGUACUGGAUAUCUACAACAGCGACGAUUUUGUCGAGAUGUGUGAUACUCUUCGUGUUUUGAACGCCGUGCGGUUCUACGAGAUUGGACUUCCUCUGUCUUAUGACCAGUACCAACGCUUAGGGCCUGACGGGCUUAUCAAGCGUCUGCUUAACCGCAACGAGCAUCUUCUGGCUCUGCGCAUCUCCAGCUACCUCCGCCUGCCGACGGACAACAUUUACGUCCAUUGGGCCUGCGCAAAGGUGCGCGUCGGCUCGGAAGACGACGAUACGUUGUGCCAGAUUAUUGUCGAGAAGUUGUCCGGGAAACCAGGCAUCUCGUUCGAGGAGAUAGCGCGAGCUGCAUAUGACGAGGGACGCGCCCGGUUGGCAACAGAACUGCUGAAUCACGAACCACGGGCAGGCCGACAAGUACCUCUUCUUUUGAGCAUGGAAGAAGACGAGCUUGCUCUCGACAAAGCUAUCGAAUCCGGGGAUACAGAUCUGGUGUAUUUUGUCAUUGGGCAGAUUCGGCGCAAGCUUCCAUUGGCAGCCUUUUUCCGAACAGUGAACAGCCGACCUGUCGCGACCGCCUUGGUCGAGUCGUCGGCGAUGCGCGAGGGUGACAACACCUUGCUCAAGGACAUGUACUACCAAGAUGACCGUCGGCAAAGCGGUGCGUCUGUCUUCAUCCGCGAAGCGUUGCGCCAACCGGACAGCCGGACUGCAUCAGACAAGCUUGUUUUGGCGGCCAAGGUACUGGCUGAUAAUCAGAAGGAGAGCGCUUUUGAGCUCGGGGCGCUCAAAGAGGCGACAACGCUUCUCAGGAUGCAAGAGGCGUUUGACCGGGAUUUGACAGACAGCUUCACGGGCCUGAGUGUCAACGACACAAUGUUCAAACUUAUCCGGCUAGGAUACCAUGGACGGGCCAAGAAGCUCCAGAGCGAAUUCCAUGUGCCGGAGCGAGUGGCGUGGUGGAUACGACUUCGGGCCCUCGUCGCAAAACGAGACUGGGACGAGAUCGAAGAUAUAUCCAAGGCCAAGAAGAGUCCCAUUGGCUGGGAGCCGUUCUUCAACCUUGUUCUGCAAGCAGGCAAUACUCGUCUGGCGGCACUAUUUGUGCCAAAGUGCGUAAACUUGGAGUCCGGUGCUGCCAUCACGAUGUAUGAAAAGUGUGGGCUGCGAGUCAAGGCGGCCGAGGAGGCUGUCAAGAUCAAAGACGUAGACGCCUGGACGCGAAUAUUGGAUGCAGCUGGUAAGGGAACGGCCGAGGGACAAAAGAUCGAGCAACUGGGCGAUGCCGCAUUCAAAAAAUAG